CUUAACCAUCAUCAAAGAGGAAAUAAACGUUCACAGCAGGAGACCAACGAAAAAAGUAUGGCUCUACUACUGACAUCGAUGACUAUUUUCAUGCUCCAGGUUGGAGUUUCUCUUGCAGGUUUCAAAUUCAAAUUUGACAUGAAAUACAAAAGAGUUGGAGAGGACGUCCUUUUAAACUUUGAUGUUGGUGAAUCCUCUAACCAAUGCUCCAAUACUUGGUCAUUCAAAGGACCCUCCGAUGCUUACAAAACAAAACAAAUUACCAUUGAAGAAAAUGCUGACCAGGGUUCAGUUGGAGCUUCCAGGCUGAGUUUGAGCAGUAACUGCUCUCUGCUCAUCAGAAACCUUACUGCUGAGGAUGGUGGUGUUUAUGGCUGUAAUAAAGAUACGUCUGUGAUUCUUGGUAUUUUGAGCAUUACUUCAUCUCCACCAGAUGUUAAUGGAUGGGUCGACUUGACAUGCUCUAUGAAGAAUAUGUAUUACCCUGGUCAAUGCGGUCCAUCCACCAUCCUCUGGGUGGAUGAGACAGGAACUCCACUGUCUGAUAAAACUCCUGAGUUUGAAGUUAAACAAACAUAUAACUGUGAUCUUGUUCUGACUGUGAAACAUCAGAGUGGAAACAACAAAAGAUUCACCUGCCAGUUUGUUGUCAACAGUGAAGUGAAGACAGAAGCUGUCUACGUUCUUACAGAAUGAAGCACAGAGGACGGUGAUGAAGACGCCCUGUGAAGAAGAGAGGCAGAAAAUCCUCAAUUGUUCUAUUUUUUAACACUUUUGGUGUAUUCAUGCAGAUUCAUGAACUUUCUUGACUAACUUUUUUUAUGAAAUUAAACUAUUACUCAAAGUAUUUAUUAAUCAGGCAGUUAGUGAUCAGCUUAUUGUUAUCAUUCAUUUCGCGUAUUAAACAUGCUAAAUCUUUACGCUCAUUGCAAUCAAUUGUUAACAUUUUGUGUUUUAGACAUUGACCCUCAGUUGAGGAAUGUGAGUUAGCAGGUGAAGCAGCAUGGCUGGUGUGUGAAUAAAACGUAGAUAAGAAGCAGUGAUAAAAACACUUGGAGUUGCAGUAGUUUAUAACUACUUUCUACAGCUGCAG